AUGGCUACUGCUGAGAUGCCCUCGGGGCCUAGGUCCGCUCGUCUCGCUGAUGACGCUGCCACUGCUGCGCUAUAUGCCGUGCAACCUCGACGCAAGGCGUCCGUUCGUGAUAAGCCUGCGCCCGAUUCACUUAACUCGAAUCAACGAGUGAUCGUCCCGAAUCUUAGCCAUGCCUCAGCUGCAUCCGCUCUCGCCCAUGCCAACCAUAAGCCCAUCGAAGUAUGGCGCCCCGGACGAUAUACUGAGGCCGAAAAGGCCGCCCUUUGCGUAAAAGACUUCUCUCCGCCCGAGUUCCCUCAGCCUAGCACAGGCUACAGCGCAGAGGGACUUGGCGCCGCAAUUCUCGCCGUGCGCGAGCAGAGAUCGACACAGGCCGCCCGAGAGAAAGAAAUCGAAGUCGAGCAAAAUCGUGCGCGAGAGAAGGAACGGCAAUCGAAGGCGCUUAAAGCGGCCACUGGGGCUUACGCGACACGUAAGAAAGCUGAUGCGGUUGCUAGUGAGCCAGUGAUUACGUCUGAGCCCCGUUAUGCUCGCACUGCGGCUGGAGCAUCCCGCCAUAUCUCAAGUGAGGAAGAAGCGCAGCCACUUAACCACCUCGACGAUGCGAUGGAGGCCAGCCGAAUUACGCAUGCCGCCAACCAAAAUGCCAAGCUCUAUACCUCGUCCCCUCCUAAUGCUACCGACGUCCAGGAGCGUAACCGAAGAAACUCACUCCACGCUGCGGCACUCGUUAUGGCAAGGGAUAUGUACGAUGUCAGCCCCACCGAAUCCAAGGGAGCCACAAACGUCGACCCUGCGCUCUCUGCAGCCCAGAAAGGUCACGGUCAGGCCAUGGCUCGAUCCCGAAAUACCGUCAGUGGAACAGUUGGCACUACCGGCCGAAAUGCAUUAACUUUGCAAGAGGCCGCGCAGAAGCGCGCUUCCGAGAAACUGGCACGUUUGAGAAACGAGCAGGCAGAGAUGCAAGCCUACUACGGAACUGCACCUCAGCCACAGCGAUCGCGCUUGACCACUCGCCGAAAGAGAGCUUCCAGUGACGCAGAUGCGACACAGACCGAUGCCGAACAGUCAAGGCACAUUCGUCAUCAGAUGACAAGCCUGCGAUCAAGAGUCAAUCGAGUAGAUGAGAAAAGACAGCAUGACCGCGAUUUUCUCAUGGAAGCAGCACGGCGCAAUGUCGAUCAGACUAUGCAGGAUAUGGACAUGAAGCUGUGGGCCGAUAGUGGUCGCGCCCCUCCAUCCAGACAGAAGGAGUGGGACGAUGCCGCCGAGGCUCGCGUUCGCAGAGAAGCCGAAACCUCGGAGGCGAGCAGUGUCAAUGCGAAUGCGAACGCAACUGUGGAGCGUGUGAAUAUCGGCGGCAACCAGUAUAUGGACAUGGCCGAUGUGGAGGCUGUCGCUCGCUCACGUCUCCAGCCCACUUUUGAUGGGAUUACAGACCAAGCUGAACAGCAACGGGCCCACGAGCUGGAGGAACGACUGGAUGCAGAGGAGCAGGAAAGACAAGCCGCCAUUGAGGAGGAGCGCGAGGCCGAUAUGAGGGCUGCAACAAAGCAAAAGAAAGAUUCCAGCAAGCGUGAAUCGAAGGGAAUUAAUUUCUUCCAGUUGUUGAGGCGCAAGAGCAGACGAGUGCCUGACGAGAAGACGGAGGCAGAGAAAGAAACAGCCGACAAAGAGGCCACUGCGUUGCCCACAGGCGAGGACUCACAAGCCGCUGAAGGGCCUGCUGUUGCUACAGGAGCCGCCGCCGUCACAGGAGCCGCCACUACUGCAGAGACUGUCCCUGCAGUGGAGAUUACUCCGACUCCGGAGGCUUCAAAUGCCCCAGAAGUUGCGCCUACGAUAGAAUCUGCCCGUGCUGAGGAGGAUGCUUCUACCAGGGAGAUUAGAAAUAUUUCUCCACCUGGAGAGACUAUUCCUCCUGUGGAGACUGUGGCUUCCGUUCCCGAAGAUGCCGCCGCCAAGGAUGCCUCCGCUACGGAAGCUCAGGCGCCACUGGGAUCCUCAAGGCUGUCCGGGGAAGAGGCCGCUGCCCCAGAAUCCGUCGAGGAGCCCGAAACGCCUGGUGCGGCAACUGUUUUUGCCGCUGGCCCCGUUGCAGCCCCUGUGAAAUUGGUCAAUGAUCCUGUCUCAUUGGACGAAACCACCGGUACGCUGAGAUACCAUCCCGAACCACGGGAUGCUGCUGCCGUUGGCGGCGUGUCUCCUAUGCAUACCGUGCAGCCUAUCAUAAGUCCUCGAGCAGACUCAAAGCUGAAGACGUGGUUCCGCGACCGAUUGGUUCGCCGCUCUAGCGGACCGGUCCCCGUGUAUCCCCACCAGCCCGGGCCAGAUUUCAAUACCGACAGCGAGAUUGGCUUUUCGGGCGGAGCUACCCUGAGAGAGCAAAGCGGGUCUCGCAGUGCGGCGCUAAGCUCACACCCCGUCACCAGCGACGAGUUCGAUCAGAGGUCAAACAGUGGCGCUGAAGUGAGCAAAAUGUCAACUUACGACUCAGCUUCAAGUGGGCAAGUCGAACACAGUUCCAGCAGCAAAAGACAGCGUCUGCGGAGUAGCUUUAUGAAGACUGUGGGCCGCUCUAAUCAAGAUUCCAAGACAAACGGCGUCAGCUCGCAUUCUCGAAACACAUCUGGAGCUAUUCCCGAAUCCAAGGAUACCGAUCCCGGCAUCCAGAACUUGCGAAAUAGUGCCAUCGAGCAGGGUCUUCCCGUCCCGCCUGCUCUCGGGGACAAUGCCAGUGCUACAGGACGAGAGUCGAGGUUCUCCGAGGAUCUGUGA